GCCGUCCUCACACGCACGAGCGAUGCGUUGCAUGGCUCCGCCACACCCGUAGCGGCCCUCGCGCCCACCCACCCGCGGCCGCACAUAAAUAUCUGCAUCUCCGCCGCCGCCGCCGGCCUGCGGCUUCACACACACCAUACUAGUAGCUACACACGCCUAUACUGCUAUACACGACACGCUAGCAGCAGCUCCUGAUCACACUCACACCAUAGUCUCGCUCUAUAGCUCGAUCGGCGAUUGGCCCGGCCACCGUUGCUACCCUCCGAGCGAGCGCGGUGCCGUCGUGUCGCGCUGCAGGGACGCGCGGCUGCAGGCUGCACUGCUGCUGCAGCGCGCGACAUAGGUGGGGGUAUAUAUCGGCCCCGCGAUCGCGCGCGACUAGGGAGAUGAACCAGUGCGUGCCGAGCUGGGAUCUGGACAACCCGGCGCUGGUAGCAGCCGGCGACGGCGGCGGCGGCGUUAGCAACCACCCGGUGACGACCGCGGCCGGCAGCGCGCACCACCGGGGAGCGGCGGUGACGGCGGCCGGCGGGGCGUUCGCGCCCGUCGUCGUGCCCAUGGCGGACCACUACUACGAGGUGGCGGAGCUGACGUGGGAGAAGGGCAACAUCUCCUCGCACGGGCUGCUCAACCGGUCGCCGCCGAGCAAGUACCACCACCCGCCCGCCGCGCCGCCGCCGCCGCCGCACCUGCAGGGCAUAGGGGGAGACGGCGGGGCCGCCCGGGACCGCGAGACGCUCGAGGCGGUGGUCGGCGAGGCCGCCGCGCGGUCGCACUUCCUCUCUCGGCCUGCGGUGCACCUCGCGCCCUGGGUCGGGGUCGGGGUCGGGGCGGGCGGCGCCGCCGCCGUGCCGCGCGCCGGCGCGGACGCGCUGGUGCCGUGCGCCGCGAGGGUAGACGAGGCGGCCGCGGAGGGGGCGGACGCCGCCGACGCGUCGAGGAGGAAGCGGGCGCGGGUGGUCGGCGAGGACGGGCUGGUGUGCGCCAGCCAGGGGAGCACCGCGCCCGGCCGCCGCGGCGACAGCGCCCUGAUCACGCGGGACGCCUGCGGCACCGGGGCCGACGACGUGUGCGGCUUCACGACCACCACCAACAACUCGACGUCCCUGGAGCGCGAGGACAAGGGCUCCCCGGACACGGAGAACACCAGCAUCGGCGGAGGCGCCAGCGACUCCCGCUGCUUCAGCCGUCGGUCGCAGAGAGAGGGCCUGUGCGACGAGGGGGAGAACGUGGUGAUCACCGGCGGCGACGGGGCGGUGAGGUCGUCGGUUUCGACCAAGAGGAGCCGGGCUGCUGCCAUCCACAACGAAUCUGAGCGUAAACGAAGGGACAGGAUCAACCAGAAGAUGAAAACGCUGCAAAAGAUGGUCCCGAACUCGAGCAAGGUGAGCCGGCUGCUGCUGCUGCCUGCUGCGACUCAGACAACGCAACCGAUCCGACUAACAAACACACUACGCGCGCGCUUUGCGCUCACGUUGCCUCUCCUUGGCCUGGCGCAGACGGACAAGGCGUCGAUGCUGGACGAGGUGAUCGACUACCUGAAGCAGCUGCAGGCGCAGGUGCAGGUGAUGAGCCGGAUGAGCAGCAUGAUGAUGCCCAUGGCGAUGCCGCAGCUGCAGAUGUCCGCCGUCAUGGCGCAGAUGGCCCAGAUGGCGCAGAUGGCGCAGAUGGCCCAGGGCAUGAUGAACAUGGGCUCCCUCGCGCCGCCGGCCGCCGCCGCCUACGCGGGUCUCACGCCGCUCAUCAUGCCCCCCUUCGUCCCCGCCAUGCCGCCCUGGGACCCCGCCGCCUCCGGCGCCGCCGCCGUGGGCGCGGCGGCGGACCGCACGCCGCAGCCCGCCGCGUGCGUCGCCGGCGCCGCGCCGCCGGACGCCUUCUCCGCCUUCCUCGCGUGCCAGGCGCAGCAGAGCGGCCAGCAGCAGCAACCGAGCGGCAUGGAGGCGUACAGCCAGAUGGUGGCGCUGUACCAGAAGAUGAGCCAGCAGCAGCAGGGCCAGCCCGGCAGUUCAUCCAAGCAGUGAGCACGUAGCUGCUCUUGUACAUCCUUUUGUUUGCUUGAUUGAAAACCCAAUUCCAGGGGCCUGUUUGGGAGGGUUUCCGCCGGCUCCGGCUCUGGCACUGUAGCAUCACUGCAGCGCGGAGCCGACGGAGCCACCUAAACCAGGCUCCACAGCUUCAAUGAACAGUGUUGCAUGUUAGUGAAACAAGAGGAGAUGAUGGGCCGGAGCCGCUCCUAUAAACAAUGCUGCUACAGUAUUUUUCUGCUUUGAAGCUAGGGAGCCCUCCCAAACGGGGCCUAGCUGUCCCUCCAUCGCAUCUGUCCAGAUUUCUUUCUUUUUUUUCUCCUGUGGUGAGGCGUGGGCCCCGAGUCGUGCAGUUGAGGUGAAAUCCGUCGACGCGGUUACAUGUACCAUCAUGUAUUUAUUCUGUUUUUGACCCGCCUAGCCUUGUAUAAAUGACCAAAAAUCCUUGAUUUAUGCUGUCAGUCUAAUUGCUGAAGAUGACGUUCAGGUAA